CUGCGAUCCUCCUUCGGCAAGGCUUUCCGCAAGAAGUCGUCCAUCUCCGUCGCCCCAACUACGAAUACCCCUCCCGCCACGUCAGGCGUCGGCUGCCACUCCACGGCAGACGAGUCCGGCCCGGCCAGUCUUUCGAUGUCGGCCCCGAACUCUGCCUCCCCGGCCACGGGCAUCGGUACCGCCGGCCUCCUCCACUCCUCCGAAGACUUGGGCCUCUUGUGUGGCGUCGGAUCGGCCGCCAGCGGUGGGAAUGUGGUUGGAGUGUGCGGUCUGGAGGCGGUUUGCCCCGAGCUGCCCGGACUCGGCUCGCCGAAUCCGCCACCGGCCAUGGGGCCAGUGGACAGUGGCAUUCUAAGCGGUACCGACAACAAUUCGCUCUCUUCCUGCUCCACCAACGCCUCGUCGUCCCUGGCUCCUGCGGCCAUGCAGACCAGCGGCGUCAGAACCUCGGCCGCGCUCAGCCUCGGCGACAGGCCGCCUCAGACGCAGUCGUCAAGACUGGCCCAGUCUCGAGCUUUGGCGCCACGCCAGUUGACGUCAUCUCCGCCCGACACAGUUUCGUCCGUCAGGAGCCGGCCGCAGCCGACUGUUGUUGGGGAGUCCGGACCCGCAGUCGCUAAGACAACAGCAAACGGACUCUCGCCGUCACAUUCCGCCACCUCGGCGUCGCCGUCCGGAGCAUCAUCUGCCUCUUCUGCCUCCUCCUCCUCUUCUGCUUCCUCCUCCUCCUCUUCUUCCUCAACUUCGUGGGGAGUCUCGAAUCCGCAGGAAGCCUUGCGAGGUGAUAAAGGAAUGGCAGUUGAACUAUCCAACAAUGAUAUGAGUAGACCUUACGUUUUCAUUGAAUUUCUGAUAACCUCGGCUCUGAAAAGCACCCCCAGCGCUACUCACACCAUGACAGUGCUGCGGAUAAUGUUGACACGUUCGAGUCCUGCUGGGGAUGCUGAUGAGCUCUCGUCGAGGUUGAAAUUGCAGUCUACUCCAGCCGGGAUGAAAAUACAUUUUGGGAAUCAGGGCUAUGUGAAAUUCACUAUAAACCACUUGACUAGGGAUUCUACUGCCACUUGUUCCCUGACAUUGCCCUCUCUUUCACUCAUCCUCUUCCCUCUCCCUCUCUCUCUCUCUCUCUUUCUCUCUUGCCCUCAUGUGACCUUUUUCUAUUUCACUCUCGCUUUUGCUUCCUCCUUCACCACAGCCGGCAACCAGCCUCCUCCCUCCCUUGCUAGGCCGGCUAACCUACCACAGACGAGUGUGUUGCUGCCUUCGGAGACGCGACAACAGCCGGUGGGAGGCCAGGCGACAGGAAGCAGUGAGCUUUUGGUGGAGAUGCGCAACAAACAUGUGUCCGAGUCUUUAGCGGCAAUUCAGAGAUACGAAGAGAAACUGGGUUUCGGUGAAUCUCCUGAGAUAACAUUGUUGGCGGGACUUUUAUUUCGUAUGAAAGUACAUGGAGAAGAGAUUCAUAGGUCGGUCUCACCAGAUGAGAACGGCUGA